AUGGGAAAGAUCAUCUUCUACGAGGACAGAAACUUCCAGGGUCGGCACUAUGAGUGCAGCACCGACUGUGCCGACCUGUCCCCUUACUUCAGCCGCUGUAACUCCAUCCGUGUGGAGAGUGACUGGUGGGUGGCGUACGAGAAACCCAACUACAUGGGGUACCAGUAUGUCCUGAACAGGGGGGAGUAUCCUGACUACCAGCGCUGGAUGGGAUUCAAUGACAACAUCAGGUCCUGUCGCAGCUACCCACACGUGAGUUCCUUAGAAUACCGAGGGGGCAACUACAGGAUGAAGAUUUACGAGAGGCCUGACUUUGGAGGACAGAUGAUGGAAUUCAUGGACGACUGUCCCUCCGUCUACGAUCGCUUCCGUUACCGUGACAUUCACUCCUGCCACGUGAUGGAUGGUUACUGGAUCUUCUAUGAACAACCCAACUACAGAGGCCGACAGUACUUCAUGAGACCCGGGGAGUACAGGAGAUACAAUGACUGGGGCGGAUUCAACUCCACCAUCGGGUCUUUCAGGCGCAUGAGGGACUUCUAGAUUGUUGCUGAAAAGAAUGAUCUUGUCCUACUGAAAUAUUCUUGAGAAUAAUAAAGUAUUAUCCACUUUACUGCUUUGCUUGUUAGUUUCUAUUUUUGUAUUCUGAUGACAUCUGACAUCAAAGAACACCGCCUUUUCCCAAGAAGCUGAGAUCAACUAUAAUUCUUUGUACAUUUAAAACUAGGGGUUUCAGUUAACAAUUCCUCCAUUCGAGCAGCAUCGAAACGAAGUAGAAAGUAAGGAAAAGUCCCAACAUCUUCUAGCUACCGGUCCCCCAUUUCCUCAGCAAUGUCCCCAAAUCCGGCAUCAUUCUGUUAAACCUCUUCUGCACCUUUUCCAAAGCCUCCACAUCCUCCCUGUAAUGGGGUAACCAGCAUUGCACACUCUACUUGAAAUGCAGCCUAAGCAAAGCCCGAUAAAUCGGCAUCACAAGUUCACGUUAUAGGUGUAGAAAAAGGCCAUUCGGCCCAUUGAGUUCAAUCAUGGCUGAUCUCUGCUUUCCUAAUCCCAUUUCCUGCCUUCUCCCCAUAACCCUUGAUACCCGUUCUUAUCAAGCAUUUGUCUAUCUCUGCCUUAAAAAUAUCUGACUAUCUAACUCUCAAUACCCUGACCUAUGUAAGCAAGCACACCAAAUGCCUUUUUUGUCACUCUAUCUACUUGUGGGACCACUUUCAUGGAGUUAUGGACUUGAACUCCAAGAUCCCUCUGCAUGUCAAUGUUGUUCAGGGUCACGCCAUUAAUUGUACAUGUUCCCGUUAUAUACGACUUCGCAAAGGACAACACAUCACACUUGCUCAUUUUAAAUGUCAUCCACCCAUUUCUCCAGCUGAUUCUUCUUCCACUGUAUAGUUUGUCAGCAUUUCCUCACAUUCCACCACCCCAGAUAUAUUGGUGUCAACUGUAAACUUACAAACCAACCCAUCUAUGUUUACGUCCAAGUCAUUGUACAUGGCCUUUGAAUGACUCCCACAUGUCGGAUGUGGACUUCUGAACUCCUGCCUAAUAUCGUUCUACUUUGCCUCACUCCAGUUUAGAACCUUCCCGCAAGAUCCAGCCUUCUCCCUGUUCAAAACAAUCUUCAGAUUGAUGGAGUUGUGAUCACUCUUCCAAAAAUGUCCUUCCACUGCAACACCAGUCACCUGGCUAGGCUCUUUUCCCAACACAAGGUCCAACACAAAACCUUCUUGUGUUGGACUUUCCGCAUGCGGUGUCAAGAUACCAUCUUGGAUACACCUCACAACAUUCUGCACCGUCUCUGCCUUUGGCACUGAGCAAGUCCCAGCCAAUAUUGGGGAGUUUAAAGUCACCCACUAAGACAACCCUGUCACUUUGGCAUCUUUCACAAAUCUGUCUCCAUGUCUGUUCCUCGAUCUCCUGCUUGCAAUUGGAGCACCUAUAGUACGAUCCCAUUACACCUUUCUUAUGUCUAAGUUCUACCCCUAUCGCCUGAGUGAAUGAUCCCUCUAGUCUGUCCUGUCUGUGCCCCUCCUCCCUGAUUAGUAACGUCUCCCUGAUUAGUACAGCAACACCUCCACCUCUUUUACCCACCUCUCUACCACUUCUGAAACAUGGAAACCCCAGAAUGUUGAGCUGCCCGUCAGGUUUCCACAAUGGCCACAACUUGAUGGACCCACGCACCGAUACAGUCUCUGCUUAUCUGCUUUAACGCAGUUUAAUUUAGUUUAGUUUAGUGGUUCAGCGUGGAAACAGGCCCUUCGGCCCAUUGAGUCCACACUGACCAUCGAUCACCCAGUUCCAUCUUAUUUCACUUUUGCUUCUGACACACCAGGGGCAAUUUACAGAAGCAAACUAAUCUACAAACCUGCAACGUUUGAAGUGUGGGAGGAAACUGGAUCACCUGAGAAAACCCACAUGGUCACGGUGAGAACGUACAAACUCCAUACAGACAGCACCCAUAAGCAGGAUCAAACCCGGGUCUCUGACACUGUGAGGCAGCAGCUCUACCCGCUGCACCACCAUGAUGCCCCUAAUAAACUGUUCUCUACAAUACUCUUUGCAUUGAAAUAAACGCACUUCAGCCCAGCAGCAUCACAAUAUUCCUUCAUCUCUUCCUGCCUGUCUUUUAGACAA